AUGAUGCGCUUCAUGCUCGGUUUCUACAUCGUUCUCUUCUCGAUACCAGCCAUUGCUCGCUAUCAUUCAAUUGAAGAUCAAAACAACGAUCCCACAGUUGUCCAGGACGCCGGGAAAUCGCAUCUUCUCCACAACGUCGACCCGGUUGUAGCUCGACAGAACUACAAGGCACAUCGCUAUCUUCUAAACAUGAAGAGGUCGAUCGCUUUUGGACGUGCCGGAUUUCGUCCUGGAAAACGCACCGUCGCCAUCAACAAUUUCUAA